CUGGAGCUUGGAGAACCGUCACGCGAGCUGGUAAUGUGGUAAAUCUUAUUCAUUAGCUAUGUGCUGAUACAAAGAGACAAAUUAAGUCAGAUCUGCUUCAAGUUGGACAAGCGCCUACUAGCCUUGUGCUUAAACUAUCUGUGAUUAACCGCUAUUACCAUCUCAAUGCCGGGUCCUAAGAAGAACAAGGGCAAGGGCAAGGGGAAUGGAAAGAAGAAGACACCCAACGGCUCAUCCAGCCAGUCAAAGGCUGCAGACCCAACCCCAUGUUUGACCUUGGAGGAGGACGAAAUGACGCGUUGCAACCGGCCAGCGACAGAAGGCUUCGAGCGCUGUGAGGUUCACCAAGCCCAGUACUGCACAAUGUACAAGAAGUACAAGGACGCUUCAAAGGUCGUUGAUGACAUCAAAUCUGGGAGGGAGAUCCCGACGAAGGAGCAAAUUCAGCGUUACACAGAUUCCCAUGCGACGCUUGAGAAGGCCCGUUGGUUGCGCAAGUAUCUCGAGAGCAUCCGUGUGGAGAGGACGGGUAGGAAUAUCCACCAAAAGCGCUUCUUCUUGAAAGUUGAUGAUGGACACAAGAUCCGUCUGAAGGUCCUCGCCAAGGAAAUGGUGAAAGCUGUUGAGGCCCUUAAUGCUCUUCAAGCCCGGGCGUUGGAUCUCUAUAUUGCCAACAAUCCUGGUUGCGAGUGGACAAAACCGGUUGAAUCUCCAAAGAGCUUUGGUGACGAGCCAAUCUCCACGGAGGAAAUCGUUGACAAGGCAGCACAACAAUCACUUCCAAACGAUAGGUCGAAGAUGUCUGCAAGGCCGCUCCCCGCUAUGAAAUCUACGGAGUCUUCUGCACCAGAGGAUGAUGAUUUAAUUGAUCUAGAGCACCGAGCGCAAAAAGCUCGGCUACUCUAUGCUUUUGAAGUUAUCACGGAGCCUGAAUCUACCGCACGAGUUCUUCUCGAUGCGGCAGGGUUGGACGCCUCUCAUCCGACCCAAAAAAGUGGACUAUUGAUUGUGCAGAAUAUCUUGCAACAGUUCGCACGGCGGGUCAUCUUUAACGAGCCGAAUCUCUUCUUCAAGUCCCUUGACAAGGUCUCCUUCAAGGAUCUCUUCCUGGACGAUGAUUUCUCUAUGGAGGACGCGGCUAAAUUUGUAAUGCUGUUUGAAAGGCGAUUGGGUAUUGGAUUGAUGUGGUUCAAAGAUGCGGUGCUUGAAGCCCUUGUGAUGUCAAAGGGUGGUACCGCCGCUAAUGUUGGUGAUCUGAGUAGAAGACACCAGAUACUUGGGGGAUGGAUCUACAACUGUGCCCACACGCACACGAUCCCUAAUGAAGCUUGGUGGCACAUAUGCAGGAGUCUAGAGCCGCCUGCCAACAUCGAGAAUCGGUUUGUACGUCUAUGCAAUAACUUCGAUGACAUGAUCAAUUUUCUGUCAUUUGGAGCAAUUGGAAUGAUACCGCCGCCGACGUUCUGCAGCGAAAAGAACGGCAGGAUGGAUGCUGUCGCAUCCCGGAAUCAUCUUUCCCUCUCUGGCGUCGUUGUUGCCGAUAUGGUGUCAAGUUCGAAGCUUCCCUAUAUGACUGGCCCUAUUCCUACCCAACGUCGAGGCCGGACGCCAGGAUGCAUCGUCUGGGUUGAGGUAGAAACGAGGGGAUAUAUGUUCGGCGCUCUCAGAAAUGAGUCUGACGCAUUCAAUGAUGCUUUCCUUCGAGAGCUUUCCGCGCGACCCAAUCUCUUCCAGGUGAUAACACGGUCUGAGACGGAUCCAGGGCGUGACAUUGAAGUUUUUGGUGCUGGUCCCGCAGGCAUAUUGCCAGCGAUGCGGCAUCGGAUAUUUGAAGCUCCCCUAGCUCCCUUUGCACAUCGUCCAACAGGCUCUGGCGAGUGGGUGGUCACAAGGUCUGCAGUUGAUAUUUUGUAUGGCACCGACGUUGAGAUGCCAGGCGGCGCGCCAAAAAUGUCGUUCCGUGGAUAUCUCCAGGCGCUGAACAGUGGACAAGGUGCUGGCUGGUUUUUCCACUUCAAGAAGUUUACAGUGAAGUACAUCGUGAUCCUGGAUACGGUCCCGAAUCGGGAUCAUUCAAUCUUGGCUAGGAAUGUCGCAUGGGCCGCGCUUCGUGCGCGGGGUUAUGGCAAAGGCGAAUAUGAGGGACAGAAGUAUGCGAGAGCUUCUGACGAGCUUUUUCAGAAGCGUGCAGCAGAACUUCUUGCGUGGAUGCCAAAUAGCAGUUGGCAAGCUACAAAGAUGGAGAAUAACGCCGAUGAAGCGGUGGAGCCCGUAUACAAGGAGUACAAGAAGUACAAGAAGUAAUGGGAGAGGGCGACAGAACGGGGAGGGGAGGAGAUGGAGAUGGAGAUGGGACCAGAGGAGAAAGUAAAGAAAUGGGAAAGAACCAGAUGCAAAGAGGAACUCCUGCCAGGGAAGUGUUCAUUAAUGCUGUGAGCUGAGUCUGAUCGAUCUGAUCAUCCACUAUAUAUCCUGCUAUCGUGUGUCGUUAUAUCGCUUGUAUCAUAUGCAUUACCAGUACUAGUAUGAUGGGUUUACACGGCCAGUCAACGUUCAAGUCCUGCAAAUAUGGCGUCAAAAACCUUACCGGUAU